GAACCCUCUGAAAAAAUACUUCCUGGAGAUAGUUGGAGGUGUGUUGACCCUAACAAACCAACUGAGGGAAAACACCAGCCAUGUGGUGAACUAAAACCCACAAGAAGUCUUUGGGGUGGCAAUCAUCGUGACCAGCAUGGUGGAAGGUCAGGUGCCCACGGAAUUUCCUCAGAAACACCUCUGGGGCUGAGGAGCCAGAAGUCUCCAGAAGACUUGACUGGAGGGUGGAGCUCACAUUGAGCUGCUUCUUGGGGCUGUUGAUGGAGGUCUGAUCACAACGAGGGGGACACACACCUCUGUGUGCUGUUAGCAGGAAGCCACAAGCCACUGAAGCUAACUGAGAUGAGAAAAAAUCCAUCUGGGUAUGGGAUUGGUUUUUCUUAACUGGGUCCAGAGCUUCUGGUUGCCACUAGAAGGUUCUUCGACCACAUGCACCCUGGGAUCUGAACAGCUAUGUUGAGAAGCUACUGAAGCCCUGCAAGGAUGGGUCUGCUGAGCAGCAAGAGGCAGUUCAGUGAGAAGGGCAAAGGCUGGAGCCCUGUGAAGGUCCACACCCAGAGCAAGGCUCCCCCGCCCCUGAAACCCCGGGUUGUCUUCAACCACCUUGCCCCUCCGUCUCCUAACCAGGACCCAGAUGAAGAGGAGCAUUUUGUAGUGGCCCUGUUUGACUAUGCCGCUGUGAAUGACAGAGACCUUCAGGUGCUGAAGGGAGAGAAGCUCCAGGUCUUGAAGAGCACUGGAGACUGGUGGUUGGCCAGGUCACUCGUCACAGGAAGAGAAGGAUAUGUGCCCAGCAACUAUGUGGCCCCAGUAGAGACCCUGGAAGUAGAAAAAUGGUUCUUCAGAACCAUCAGCCGGAAGGAUGCUGAGAGGCAGUUGCUGGCUCCGAUAAACAAGGUUGGCUCCUUUCUCAUCAGAGAGAGCGAGAGCAAUAAAGGUGCCUUCUCCCUGUCCGUGAAAGACGUCACCACCCAGGGGGAGGUAGUCAAGCACUACAAGAUCCGCUCACUGGAUGACGGAGGCUAUUACAUCUCUCCUCGGAUCACCUUCCCCACCCUCCAGGCCCUGGUCCAGCACUAUUCAAAGAAAGGGGACGGUUUGUGUCAGAAGUUGACCCUGCCCUGUGUGAACCAGGUCCCGAAGAACCUCUGGGCCCAAGAUGAAUGGGAAAUCCCCAGGCAGUCUCUCAAGUUGGUCCGGAAACUUGGGUCCGGGCAGUUUGGUGAAGUCUGGAUGGGUUAUUACAAAAAUAACAUGAAGGUGGCCAUCAAGACCCUGAAGGAGGGAACCAUGUCUCCAGAAGCUUUCCUGGGCGAGGCCAACGUGAUGAAAACCCUGCAGCAUGAGAGGCUGGUCCGUCUCUAUGCUGUGGUCACCAGAGAGCCCAUUUACAUAGUCACUGAGUACAUGGCCAGAGGAUGCUUGCUGGAUUUUCUGAAGACCGAUGAAGGUAGCAGAUUGUCCCUUCCAAGGCUGAUUGACAUGUCAGCCCAGGUUGCAGAAGGGAUGGCUUACAUAGAGCGCAUGAAUUCCAUCCACCGUGACCUGCGGGCAGCCAACAUCCUGGUGUCUGAGACCUUGUGCUGCAAAAUCGCUGACUUCGGCUUGGCCAGGAUCGUUGACAGUGAAUACACUGCCCAAGAGGGGGCCAAGUUCCCCAUCAAGUGGACUGCCCCGGAGGCCAUCCACUUCGGAGUUUUUACCAUCAAGGCUGAUGUGUGGUCCUUCGGAGUCUUGCUGAUGGAGAUCGUCACAUAUGGGCGUGUUCCCUACCCAGGAAUGAGCAACCCUGAGGUCAUCCGUAACCUGGAGCAUGGUUACCGAAUGCCAUGCCCAGAGACGUGUCCACCGGAGUUGUACCAUGACAUCAUCACUGAGUGCUGGCGAGGCCGGCCGGAGGAGCGGCCUACCUUUGAGUUCCUGCAGUCAGUGCUGGAGGACUUCUACACAGCCACCGAGGGUCAAUAUGAGCUGCAGCCCUAGCAACCCAUGGGCUCUUCGGGGCUCCCGGCCUAAGCCUCCUGCUGGACUCUGACUUUGGGUUAAUAUGGUCACAUUUAGCUCUUCUUCCAGACCAGCUAGACCGUGGAGUCAGGGUGGAAUGGCGUGCCUGCGAAUCAAGUAAGGAAGCCAGGAGACAAAGGUGACUUUGUGGUAGGGCAUGGUCUCUCAAGGCACAACCUUGGUCCACCCUUCACUGGCUGUGUGCCUUUGAGCAAGUUACUUAGCUGCGCUGUUGUCUUCUACUCCUUGAAUAUAAAACAAGGAAGGAUUGUGUUAGAAGGUACCUCCAGUUGUAUUCAGACCCAGGAUGGUGCUGAGAUCAGUCUGAUCAUUUAACAAUGGACAGUGUGUAAGAUUGGUGGCAGGCGAUCAGAGCUCCCAUUUCUUUCACCCUGAAAGCCUCAACAGCAAGUGUGUCCCUGUCUGCUGCUCCAGAACUGUGGGCCAAUCCUCCAGGUAGCCCUGGUUGUGCCUCACCCCCUCCAACCCCCCACACACUUUGGGACUUUUCCUAUAAUAAAGUCAUGAGAGUUUUACCUUUU